GCUGUUAGUGCUGUUCCCCUCUCUCUUCCCCGUCCUGCAGGCUCCAGGCGCUGCUGCUCUCGUCCUCCGCUAGCGAGCGAAUCGCUGACGCUGGCCCGACGCCGCGGCGGGAGGUAUCUCGCUUUCGAUCAGGAUUUUGGUUGGGGCGUCGUUCUCCGGUGCUUAUCUCAUUUCUAUUUAUCGGUGCCUCGGGUUCACGGCCAAAUUCGCUGCUGCGUGGGGCUUUGGAGAUUGGAGCCGAUUCCUUAAAGUGGCGGUGGCAGCGUCUGGUGGGAACCAUGAGCUUCGUGUUCCGAGGAAGCAGGGCCGACAUCGAGGCCGGUGGCUUCACAGGGUUCGCCCCCGAGCGCCGCACCAUGCGAAUUCAUGCAGGGAGCAGGCCGGUGAAUAGCAAUUCCUUGGUUUUUCUUCUAACUGUUUUUGUUUUGUUCAUGGUACUGAACUCACACCAGAUGUCUCCCAAUCUUUUGCUUUGGAUAGUCUUGGGAGCCUUCCUAAUGGCCACGAGCCUUAGAAUGUAUGCCACGUGCCAGCAGCUUGCUCAUGCUGCAGCUGCCAACAGUUUUCUUGGCCACACUGAGCUGCGUGUGCAUGUACCGCCGACCAUUGCCCUUGCUACGAGAGGCCAGUUACAGAGCCUUAGACUUCAACUGGCUCUUCUUGACCGUGAAUUUGAUGAUUUAGAUUAUGACACUCUGAGAGCACUGGAUGCUGACAAUAGCCUGCAUGUUCCUUCUAUGAGUGAAGAAGAAAUAAAUUCUCUUCCUGUCUUCAAAUAUAAAGUCCAGGCACAGCAGGGAAAUGCCCCUGCCCGAAAAAGUGAUGAGGCAUCGCAGCUAUCGGUUUCUUCAACUGGCUCCGGCAAUGAGAAAAAGCAGGAUGGUUUAAAAGCAGAUGGAACUGGCAAAACUCCACAGGAUGAACUAACAUGUAGUGUUUGCUUAGAGCAAGUCAUGGUGGGUGAUCUGUUGAGAAGCCUACCAUGCUUGCAUCAGUUUCACGUAAACUGCAUCGACCCAUGGCUGCGCCAACAGGGUACAUGCCCAAUCUGCAAGCACCAGGUCAGUGAUGGGUGGCAUGCCACAGGCAACGGUGAAGAGGAUGCUUCAUACAUGGUGUAAGUAGCUGCCCAGGAGUAGGCCAUAGGUAACUAGUAGCUGCUAACAGAAUCCGUGGAACGCUGUUUUGGAGGUGACGGUUUGGACUUGCAAUCUAGGGAUGUGGUCUAAUCCCUGUCUACCCUAACAAAAAACCGAGUGUGGAAUCAGCUGUCCAGUGCACUGAGUUCUUGUA